CUCCCACAAUCCUAUUCUCCUGAUUCCUUGUUACUGUAUCGCAAUGAUAUCAGAUUAAAGUCGUUACAGUGUGUGUUACAGAACAGAAGUAUUUUACUUUGUUUAAUAUUCCACAGAAGAUAUAUUCAAAUAAUACAGCAACUUUGUUACAGUAACAAUGACGGAAGAAAAACAUUGUAAAGUCUGCAACCUUUCACGUAAAAAAUCGUAUGGAAUUGCAGUGCGGUCUUUGGAAGACCUAAAAACUAAAGGACGUGAGACGUUAGGCAUGGACUCCAAGGGCCUUGUCUCUGUGGUGUUAGAGGAAGAUGGCACCAUAGUGGAAGAUGAGGCAUACUUCAUGUGUUUACCACCUAACACCAAGUUCAUGAUUCUGCAUAGCAAGGAGAGAUGGGGCCCUGCAAUGAGAGCAGUUGAUGGUGGGACUGCAUGGUUAGGUGAGAGUAUUGAGAUCGAUGAGCUGGACAGCACUUUCACUGGCACCGAAUCGUGGAGGGGUCUGGCACAGCAGCUGAAACAAGACCUUUCCAGCAUCAUAAUGAUGUCCGAGGAGGAACUCCAGUGUCUAGUGGAUGUAUCCCGUGAGGAGCUGGCCAAGGAGCUGGGACACAGAGAGACUAAAGUGCAGAGCCUGCAGGACACCCUCCAGAGGGUUCUGGACCAGAGGGAAGAGGAGCGGCAGUCCAGGGAGAUCCUGCAGCUCUACCUUCAGGCUGCAGAGAAGGAAUCGAGCCCAGCGAGUAGAGGCUCCAGCCAAGAGGUAGAUGAUGUCAUCGAUGGAAUGGAGGUGGACUCCACCAAGGUGACCGCUGGACAGAGUUCCAAGUUCUGCCAAAGAACACUCAUGGUUCUGAAGGGUAAAACGAGCCCUGAAACCAGGCUGUCUAACCAGGAUCUGCAGUUGGUGGUGAACGAAGGCUUGCAGAACCUGUCCGCAGCGCUGAGCUGGGACGCAGAGAAAACGAAGGAUCUGCUGCAAGCUUGCAAGAAGGAGCUGGAGAAACGCUUAAACAAAGUGCAGGCCCUGCAGUCCCUCAGGAACUGCACCCAGGGUGCUGAGGAAGAGGGAAACAGACUGGCUAAACGCAGGAAAAAGGCUCCCUUUCAAUCUUAAUCCUGUUAGUGUAGGAGCGCUCCACUCAAGCUGCCUCGAUGCAGAAUGUUUACAAGAGAUAAUCUGACGGUACGUGGCAUCAUUAAUCUUUAAUUACAGUAUUUGUUUUGUAAAGUUAAGUAAAUGUCUUAAAGAGUAAGUAGCAACACGUCUCUACAUGUGGCUACAACUGUUUUAAAUAAUGUACCUGUAAUUUUUCUUUUCAUUGUUAACAUGCUGACAACUUUUCAAAAUGUCUGCUCUAGUGCACUGGGGGUUGAGAUCUGUCCUCUAAAUCACUGCAGCAAGAGCAAUUAAAAAAAGACCUGGGGACGUGUAACGCUGUAUUUUUUCAGAACCCUGCUACUAUUCUACCCUCCUUCUCCUCCUUCUUGGAUUCUGAUCUUUGCUCCCUGCUUCAGAGCCAUAAACCCACCACGUGUGCUCUGGACCCCCUCCCCACUCACCUCCUCCCGGCUGCUUCCCCUGCUCAACUCCCUUUCAUUUCCUGUCUUCUCAACACCUCUCUGCUGUCUAGCUGUUUCCCCUCUGCCUUCAAACAGGCCUACAUCAGAUCCCUCAUCCCUCCAGAACUACUGUCCUGUCUCCCUUCUCCCAUUCCUCUGUAAAACCCUUGAGCUAGCGGUACAUCGCCAGCUCUCUACUUUCCUGUCAACACAUUCUCUGCUCACUCCCCUCCAAUCUGGUUUUCACCCGGAACACUCCACUGAAACAGCUGUUCUCUCCAUAUUCACGUUUUUUGUAACUGCUCUUAUUUAAAAUCAUUCUCAUCCAUUUAUCGUACUUACUAUGUGCUCUUACUGGACUUUACUCGUAUAAGCAAAUAUUUGUACUAUAAAUUAACUGUUCAAACUCACUCUUAAAUGUAAUUAUUUACUGUAUUCUUUAUUUUGCUCUUAUUUGAUCUUAUUUGCUACUGAUUUUAUAAGGACAUAAAUAAUAAUAAUAAUAAUCUAAUUGUAAAUGAAACACUCCAUAAGAAUCUGUGUAUGUGAUUCUGCCUGUCUGUAUAUUAGAGUUGAGUAAGAUUUUAUCUUUUGUUAUUCAUAUUUUGGCAUUAAGCAGUUAUACUGUCUGUAAAAGCAUUUGUAAUAAAAUCAUUGUAUAUUAAA